AUGAUCGUGGACUUCAUAAUGGUGUUACAUUUUCAUGUGAGGCGCCUCAAAAAACUAGUGUGGAAAGGAUAUAAAAACACCCUCACCGAAGAUGACUUACGGAACACCGAAACUGCAGAAGGAACCAAGGAGAUCGGGGAAGAGUUACAAAGGAACUGGUCCGCGGAGGUGUCGGCGUCGCAGACCUCCGGCAGGGAACCCAGCCUAGCUCGGGCCGUGGCCAGGACGUACGCCCGAGACUUCUGCCUGCUGGCCGUACCACUCGUCAUAGAGGCGGUCUUCCUAAGGCUCGCCGUCUGCUACCUGGGCGGGUCGCUGCUGGCGGUCAUCUCUCCAGGAGGGGCGGCGGGGCGGCGCGUGCUCAGAGGAUGGGAUGGUUACUGCUCACCCAUGGCCGCCUUUGCCUCGGUCAGACAAGAUGACGUUAUUGCCAGCCGCUGCCUCGCUCGCCUGUUCCCGGGCCCCCUGCCCCCUGCCCCCUGCCCCAUGCCCCCUAUCCUACCCCUACCCCCGCCCCUACCCCUACCCCCGCCCCUACCCCCGCCUCAUACGUGGCUGCUGUGUGUGCGGCAGGCGCUGCAGCGCCGCGGUGGACCUGCGCAGCCGGAGCGUAUGGUGUCGCUGCUGUCGGGCGCCGCGGCGCGGCUCGAGGCGUCGACAUCGGUGUUGCACUGGCUGUGGCUGCUGCACGUGCAGGCGGCGGCGGGCGCGGCCCUGCUGUACCACGUGCUGGGGCUGCCGGGCACUCUGGGCCUCGCCGCCAUCUACGUCGCCUUCACUCCAGUCCAAGCGUUGCUGGCGCGCGUGUUGCUGCGGCUGCGCAGGAGCGUGGCGCCCCACACGGAGGCGAGGACGCGGCUGGUGGCGGAGCUGGUGGCCGGCGUGGCCGCCGUCAAGGCCAACGCCUGGGAGCCAGUCUUCCAGGCCGCCAUCCAGGCGGCGCGCAGGUCCGAAAUGUCCAGAGUGGCGAUGGAGGCGAUGAUCUCCGGCUUCUCCAGGUCCUCCGUCAUCAUGGUGGACAGGCUGGCCGUCUUUGCCACUCUCCUCCUCUGCACGCUCUUCGGGUACAGGAUGGUCGCGUCCAAGAUCUUCACGGCCAUCAUGUUCUACUUCGACUUCAAAGUGUCGCUCGCCGUCUGUUUCCCUGCCGCAGCCUCAGCGUGGUCCGAGUGCAAACUGGCUGUAGAAAAUAUGCAGAAAUUCCUGCUGGAGGAAGAUCGUGCUGCCAACUCGCAGCAGGUGGGACCAGUCGCACAGGCAGAGGCAGAGCUUCCGGUGGGCGCUGUGGAGGCGCGCGAGGCCAACUUCCGGUGGACCUGCGACGGCCCAGAUGUCCUCGAGGGGAUCUCCUUCAGCCUGCCACCGGGGUCUCUGUGUGCCGUGGUGGGCCCCGUAGCCAGUGGCAAGACGUCGCUGCUGCUGGCGCUGCUGGGAGAGCUGCGAGCCUCAGGGGGCCGCGUGUCCGUGUCGGGCACGACGUCGCUGUCGCCACAGGAGGCGUGGGUGUUCAGCGGCAGCGCGCGCCACAACGUGGUGCUGGGGGGCUGCGGUGGCCGGCAGCCCGACGCGGACUGCGGCCGCUACGGGGCGGUGCUGGCGGCGUGCGACCUGCUGGGGGACCUGCGCCGGCUGCCCAGGGGGGACGAGACCCCCGUGGGUGAAAGGGGGGCGCGCCUCAGCGGGGGGCAGAGGGCCCGGCUGGCGCUCGCCAGGGCGGCAUAUCGGGAUGCGGAUGUCUACCUACUGGAUGACCCGCUCUCUGCUGUGGAUCCGCACGUGGCCAGCCACGUGUUCCACGAGUGUAUCCUGAAGCUGCUGGCUGGCAAGACGAGGCUGCUUGUCACACACCAGCUCAACCUCUUGCCCCUCUGUGACCACAUAAUCGUCCUCAACAAGGGUCGCAUUGAAUUUCAAGGAAGAUUCAACGAGAUUCAAGAAAACUACCAAGUCCUGACAAACAUUAUUUCCCUCAGUGCAACUGGAGGGCACAUCUUGGAAGAGGCUGAUGACGAAGAAGCUGAAAGUGAAGCUAUGGCGCCGGAGGCGUCGCCCUGCGCAGAGGACCUCCCGUGGAGCGAGCAGAGGGCAGCCCCCUGCUGGAGCCUGCUGUGGCUCUACCUGCGGGCGGGUUCCAGUCCUGUGGGUCUGGCUGGGCUGGUCGUCUGGCUGGUCGUCUCCCAGGCCGUCGCGCACGGAGCAAUCUACUGGGUGGCCAUCUGGUCUGACCUGGAGGCCGACGGGGGGCCGCGGCCCCCCCAGUGGCUGCUGCUGGGGGUGCAGGGCGGGCUGUCGCUGGCCAACGUGCUCCUGCUGGGCGCGCGCGCCGCGCUGUUGGUACGCCUGGCGCUGCGGGCGGCGCGCGGCCUGCACGACGGCGCGGCUGGCGCCCUGCUGGCGGCGCCCCUGCCCUUCUACCAGCGCUGCCCGGCCGCCGCCCUCGCCGCCCACUGCAGCGAGCACGUCGCCACCGUGGACCGCGCCCUGCCGCCCAGCCUCGUGUUCGCCACGCAGCUGCUGCUGAACAUCUUGGGCCACUGCGUGGUCAUCGCCAUAGUGGACUAUCAGUCGCUGCUGCCGAUGGCCCUCGCGCUGUGCGCCAUCUUCUGCGUCGCUAGAGUGUACGGCGCGGCCUCCAGGAGCGCCAAGAGCCUCGAGAGCAAACGCAGGACUCGGCUGUACGCCCACGCGGCCGACUCUCUGCACGGCCUGGUCACCAUCAGGGCUCUGGGCAAGGCGGAGGAGGCGCUGCACCAGUUCCACACCCGGCAGGACGACUACAUGUGUUCGAAAGCCGUGUCUGCCGAAAUAAGCAGCGAAGCCAACCUGUGGAUCGACGGCACGGUCGCUUUCUUCGCACUGUUCACUGUAAUAAUAAUCAUCAUAUUCGGAGAAAGUGUGGGCGUGACGGCCGGGGGCGUGGGCAUCGCGCUGACGCACCUGCUGGGGCUCUCCAGCAUCGUGUCCAAGCUGCUGGAGGAGGCGGCCAGGCUCCAGCAGCACCUGGCGGCCGUCCAGAGCGCCGCCGCCUUCGCCGCCGUCCCCCCGGAGGCUGACUACGGCGCCGGCGAGAAGUACGUACAGAAGCAGUGGUCGCUGGGUGGGUCCAUAGAAUUCCAGCAGGUUUCCCUCAAGUAUGAGAGAGGUCCAGUGGCCCUGAAGGACGUCAACUUGCGGAUAAUGGAUGGCGAGAAGGUGGCGGUGGUGGGGCGGACGGGCGCCGGCAAGUCUUCGCUGGGGGCGGCGCUGCUGCGGCUGGCUCCGCCCACCUCUGGCCGCGCCCUGCUGGGCGGCGUCGACGUCUGCGCUCUGCCGCUGGCCGCGCUGCGGCGCCGCGUCUGCCUCGUCCCCCAGCAGCCGGCGCUGUUCGCGGGGACCCUGAGGAGCAACCUGGACCCCACAGGGGAGGCGGGCGACGCCGCCGUCUGGCGGGCGCUGGAGCACGUGGAGCUCAGCGGUCUGAUCGCUGGGACCGGUCUGGAGACUCCAGUGGGCGCUGGAGGCAGCGGCUGGAGCGCUGGACAGCGGCAGCUCAUCUGCCUGGCCAGGGCGGCCCUGAGGAACGCCAAGGUGCUGAUCAUGGACGAGGCGACCGCCAACAUCGACCACGAGACGGAUGCGAUCAUCCAGAGGACGUGGCGGAAGCUCUUCGCCAGAUGCACAGUCAUCAUCAUUGCCCACAGAAUCCACACCGUCAUGGACUGCGACAAGGUGCUCGUCAUGAACAAUGGAAAGGUUGAGCAAUUCGGCCACCCGUACCAGCUGCUGAGGGAGCCCGGCGGCGCUCUGCACCGGCUGGCAGCGGAGGCCGGCGAAGACGUCCUCCAGAGUUUCCUGGAGCGCGCGAGGCAGACGUACCAGCGGAACGGCGCCACAAACGACGGGAACGAAAGGCCUGCGUAGUCCGUCGACUGACUGAUUACCAAAUGGAGCUGCAAACGCAGCAUAUUUCUGGAGCGGCUUACUACAAGGGCUUACCGAAAGGCCAACAAGUGGAUAGAUGGUGAAGCCGCGAACAUAACACGAGACCAAAUCUGACGACAGAACAUCUAGAUGAUAAGAUUAUUUUCUACCUGCAACUUCUCAAGUGGCAUUACAUAUAAGUUAGCUGACGUCUUGUCGAUGCUUGGUUGUUUGUCCAU